UUCUGGGCCCUUGCUGGAGUGCUGGUCCUGCUCUUCUGGCUCGGCUGGUGGCUCAGGAAAAGGAGCCAUCAGCCAGCCAGCAGCAACGAGGAGAAUGAUGAACAGGAAGAACGUGAAGGAGAAGACGCUGAUGAUGAGAGGGGCCUGAUCAGGAUUGUUACAGAGCGCAUCCGGUGGCCAGAGCAGAACCUGGUGCACAGGAGCAAGGUAGACGAGCUGGUUGGUGACCUCCUCUGUACCUUCAAACAGCUCUUCUCAAAUACUUUCUUGCCGGUGCUACAGCCAGCCAUUAAGUUGGGUAGCACCUUCGAAGGUUGGAGUCCCCAGGAAGACGAUGCUGUCUACUGCCUGCUCGUGCCCCUGGAGGCCCCCCGUGGGCACACCUUCCACCUGGAGCUGGGCCCCGAGGGUGAGAUGCCAGCAAGGAACUCCAGGAUUCGUGUGGAGGUGGAGUGCUGCUGCAGGCGGCAGUGGCAGGCGGAGUACACGCUGUGCUUCCUCCACCAGCCUGCGAUCAGGAGAAUUCACACUCCCAGCCUCCUACACACCCUCUGCACUGACUCCUACCUAGAUGUGAUGAAAACUGUCCACUUCUUCCGGAGGUUCGUGGAUUUCUUCUGCAGUGUGAUGCCUCAGUCGCAUCACUGCAGAAUAGAGGUGCUGCCCUUCAGCCGCUCCUUCAAGCUGCAGCUGACUACUGCCUCCGGGAGACCCCUCUUUGUUGAGAUCAUCUUUGGGGUGCGGCAAGGCAACUCGGACAUCUUCCUGAGCAGCCAGAGUACAGAGGAUGACUCCACCCCAAGCACCACAUGGACAGAGAGCUACGCUGUGGCAGAGGCGAAGUUCUUCAGCAUUAUCGCCAGGCAGGCCCCGCAGGACAGCUUCCACCUGAAAUGCCUGCAGCUCUUUGCCCGCAUCGAGCUGGGCAGAGUCCUUUCCACCGAUAUCUUGAAGACAGUUGUGAUGCACCUCCUGACCAUCAUCCCCAUGUCAGGCUGGCGCAGGAGGGAUUUCCUGAAGCGGCUGGCCGAUAUCUUGCAGUACCUGCAUUACUGCAUCAAGGAGAAAAGCCUCAACCACUUCUUCUUCGGCAACGAGAAUGUGCCCGAGGAGAUAAUCUUGCUCCCAUCCUUCCGAAGGGCUGAGCCAUACAACCUCUUGUACCACCUGGUGGACAAUCCGGCCGCCCAAAAUGAGGUCCUGCAUGACUUCUCCUUGGUGCUGCCGCCAGCCGUCGGGGUGGGCAGCACCUUUGAAGGCUGGAGUCCUCGUGAGGAAGAUGCUGUCUACCACCUGCUUGUGCCCCUGCAUCCUCUCCUUGGGCACGCCUUCCGCCUUGAUCUGGGCACCGUGGAGGAGAUGCUGGCGAGAGACUCCUGCCUCUGCAUGGUGCUGCAGUGCACGUGCAUGGGGGAGCGGCUGGUGGAGAACAUGCUGUGCUUCCUCCACCACUCUGAGGAUGCUGUGG